GUUUCUACACAAUUUUAAACAGAAAAUGGAUUUGAAUUUGCUGCAACCCAAAAUAGACCAGAAUGAACCAGAGGAAAUUGAAAUAAAACUAAUAAAAAGGAAAAUUGAAGAUGAAACUUCAACAGAAAAGUGUAAAAAAUUAAAAACAAAUGAAUUGGAACAAGAAACAGCUGAACAAAUUAAGGAAGCAAUAGCCGAUGGUAAACAAAAUAAAACAAACAAGAAAUCUCAGGAAACAGAGCUACUAAAUGAAAAAUUAUGUACAAAACUAAACACUACAGCAGCUAAAGAACAACAACAAAAUGAUGGAGAAACUAAAGUACCCAGCAGUCCUAAAAAACGUUUGGAAGUUUCAAAGCCAUCAUGUUCACAAAAAGUAAAUAAAGAAAAAUUUAUUUAUGGCAACUAUAGUCAAUAUUAUGGUUAUCGUAACAAGGACAAAGAUAACCAUGACAUACGUUUGGAUGUGUUUGCUGAACAAAAGGAAAUGUUUAAAAAUAAACAAAUUUUAGAUAUAGGCUGCAAUAGUGGCUUCAUUACCAUGGAGGUGGCUAAGCAACUUGAAAUCAAAUCAAUAGUAGGCCUCGAUAUAGAUAGAUCUUUGAUAAAUCAAGCCAUUAAAAACUUAACAAAAUGUAAGAAAUCCUUACCCAUGGAUAAUGAAUUGAAAAGACUGAAAAAGUUUCCCUUCAACAUUACAUUUGUACAUGGCAAUUAUGUAUUGAAAGAUGAUGUUCUACUGGAAAUUGAAAAAGCUCAAUUUGAUGUGAUAUUAUGUUUAUCCAUAACCAAAUGGAUACAUUUGAAUUUUGGUGAUAAAGGCCUUAAACAAGCUUUCCGGCGUAUGUUUUUGCAGUUGAAGCCUCAGGGUAGGCUAAUACUGGAAGCUCAACCUUUUGAUAAUUAUGGCAGAAGGAAAAAAAUGACGGAAACCAUAUUUCAGAAUUUCAAGGAUAUGAAAUUCUUACCCAAAAACUUUACCGAGUAUUUGCUAUCUACCGAAGUGGGCUUUUCUAAUAUGGAAUUAAUGGGUGUACCUGAUCAUUGUGCAAAGGGUUUUAAGAGACCCAUACAGAUUUUCUUUAAAAAAUAAUUUAAUAAAACCAUGAAUUAAAUGAAUUGAUAUUUUGUUAUACUACUUAC